AUGGAUGCAUCCUAUUUCGAGAAAGGUAUGGUCGGUCAAUGGUUUGAAGAGAAGAACGGCAAUGCCAGGAUCUACAUCCGAGGUGUAUCCGAGUGGGACGAGGGCAGUAUACGUCACAUUGACCAAUGGGUCCCAGCCAAAAUCGUCGAAAAAGGCGCUCUCUGGAAGAACGACAUCAAGGAUUGGAAGUACGAAAUGAACCUCGACGCUCGGGCGCUUGAGCGCAUCGGACUCUAUACUGCCGUGGGACAACCCUCCUCAAAUACCAUCCCCUUGGACGGGUCGGUGCUUGCGAGAACGGUCGCUGGCCUUCUCGAUGAGUUCAUCACCAACCCAGCGCCAUUCAUGGGUACCAAGAUCUCCGAACUCUUAGAUAAGAGAAGCAAGACUGGCAAAGGGAGCGGCGUUGACUCCGUAGUCCAUACCAUCCUCGAAGGCAUCAAGCGAGCAGGCUUGUAUGAUGUUUUGAACCGCCACAAUUUCACGGCUCAAGAUAUCGUCGACACAUCGACUAUCAAGAUCAAUGCUCAGCUGAAGAGACGCACGAAUGGAGGUGUAUACCUGCGCUACCACUUAUCCACGUCUGAAGUCCAACGCUGGCGGCCAAAUGUCAGAUACGUCUACGUGGGCAAGGCUGUCGACUUUAGAGAUCGCUUCGACAAUCACAAAUAUACUGAGAGCAGCUAUGGGGACUUGACACGCAAUUCCGCUCUUAAGUCGGUGGCGCUGUGUGACAUGGACGACCAGGACAAUGUCGAUUUCGCAUAUCUUGUCGAACAGCUCUUCGUGUGUCUUCUGGAGUCAUACAGAGAGGAACUUCACAUUGUUGUAGACCGUACUGUUGACUUAGACAAUGACAGCGCCAUCAGGCAUGCCGAAGCGAUCAAUGCCGCUCUCUACUUUAGGAACGCUUCCACCAAGGUCUUCCAAAUCACUGGUUACUCUGGUGGUACCAGCCGACAGAGCUUCGGUGUAUCGUUUGGGGCGAACUACAGCAGCCCAUUCCAGGAGUGGAGUUUGAUGAAAGAGCAGCGUCUCUUCCUACGUCAUGAUACCCUCGUCAAAUCUCGCGUCAACGGAUCAGUCAUGCCAAUAUCGAUAUUCAGGAGCGCCAAACCGAAGAUUGCGAAGUAUAUGAAGAAGCAAACUGGAAAAGAACUGGAACAUAAUGUCUUCAUGAAGAUGCAUCAAGGAAAGUACUUUUUCGGUGUCAGUCAUAGACAGAGUGAGCACGACGGAACCAUGGGUCCUAAGCAAAACCAGCCGUAUUACAUCGUGUUCGAGGUUCGAAGGGAUGGUCGAGCCCAUCCCAUGGCAUGGUCAAGACUUCCCGAAAUAGGUCCGUUUUUGAACUGGGAGGAAGGCCGUGCGUUGGCAGCGCGCAUCGAAUGGGAAUAUCCAAUCGGCUCCGGUAAAUUCAGGUUCCGCUACAUACAGACUCGAAAGAUCUUCACGUUUCUGGAUCUAGAACAGCACGACUAUCGAGGCUCAAACAUCAACUACUACCGGUCUAUUGCAAUGACGCAGUGGCUGUUCAAUGCAGAGCCUGUCCACCCACAGACUUGGAUGGCUAGGCUUAGGGGAUGCGCCUACGUUCUCCAGACUGUUUACAACUAUCACACCCAGACUAUUGAGGUCAAGUUGCCAGAGCCAUACACCAUGCGUCAUGGUGGACGCAUCAUGGAAUCAGAACUCAUGCGAGAUAUGAUAUCUGCAGGUCUCCAAAACGUCAACGGCGACUUCAGGUCGUUAGGGGCGGAUUCCAAACGACUGAAUUGCGACACCUGCGCUUUGAUGCGGACGGAGAGGCAGAUAACCAUAUCCGAUGCGGGCUGUAAAUACAUCGAUGUCGGGCGAGGUCUCAAAGUCUGCAGCGUAUGCUGGAAAUUUGGACGCCCUUGCUGCAGCUGGACCCCUGGAAACGGUUUCAAGGACCAAAUGUAUUACACAGAGCACCAGAUCGCCCGCGGCAAAAAGGCCUUGCUCAAUGCAGACGAGGUCGCAGAAAACAAGGUUUGGUUCACGUUGCUAGUUGCUCAGCCGAAGCCGAAGCAAGAGCAGACGGGCGAAGAGUUCACGCAGCAACUCAUAGAUGUUGACGACUUUUCGAAGGAUGAGGAUGACUUCAGCGAUGCCGAAGAAGAAGAAGAAGCUCUAGUGGAGGAUGAAGGCGAAGGCGAAGAUGACAAAGAAUGA